AUGUGCACGCGAGGCAAACAAACGCGACCUCUACCCGCCCUUCAGCACGCGCCUAUAGCACGACCGCCCAGCAGUCGGGGCGGAAUGGAUAGCGACGAUGACUUCGGCGACGAUUUUGACGAUACCGCAUUUCUCGAGGCCGCGACGCAGGCAGAAAAAGAGAAAACGCCACCAGAAUCGCCACGUCCGCUUAAAAGGCGAAAGAUCGAUCUUCCAAAUGCAAAGACCGGGCCAACAUCGCCAAAUAAACAUACGGGGAACCGACGUCCACGCCCUUUCUUGAGCUCGAGUGAGGAUGAUGACGUCGAUGAGGAGAGCGAUGAGUACGCACCAGUAGCGAACCACAGAAAACGCGCCUCAACCAAACAUCACGGCGACGAUUCCACCGCAGCAAUAUCUGUUGCAUCGACAACCCGAAAAAAGCGCGGGCGCCCAAAGAAAAUUGCCGACGAAAACGACAGCGAGAGCGAAUCUCCACGCAAGCUCGGCGUCGCAGAGCAACGGCAGAACAGGAUCCAUCGACCUUCAGUGGCGCGUGACUUAACGGAUGUUUACUUGACGCAGCCUCCACGAGAGGCGUCUCCACCAUGGAUGCCACGAGGGGCGAUUUGGCAAAAACCAGCGACUAGCAUUGGCAUCCAUAAGCCCGUCGUGUUCGACGCCAUGAAGACGAUGAUGUUGCCUAGAAGGCAUUCCAUUGCGUCAAGACCGGCGUCACAAGCCUCGAGAGGUUCGGAGUCAGCUUCACCCACACGGCCCGUAAUGUCACCCAACCCUGCGGCGGUCAACGGGACCUUGAUGCAGUAUGAUGCUACAGAAGAGCUAGCUGACCUACCCUCGGAUGCCUUCGCAUCUUCCUCAUCGUCCCCUCAAAAGCAUGAUGAUGUUGUACUCGUUUCGGAAAGGCGGACAAGAGUUGUAGCACCGCAGGCCGGACUCAGGCAAACUACCCUCUUCGGCCGGACUGUUGUCAACGGCGAAAUACCACAGUCGCAAGUCAACAAACGAUAUAGCUACAUUGUGGACCAGCCAGAAGAACCACCCACACAUCACAAGCUAGACCCGGAAGCAAUCAAGACAUGGGUUUACCCCACCAAUCUAGGCACUAUCCGAGACUACCAGUUCAACAUUGUUGCUCGAGGGCUCUUCCAUAAUCUUCUAGUAGCUCUACCGACCGGUCUUGGAAAAACCUUCAUCGCAGCAACAAUUAUGUUGAACUUCUUCCGUUGGACGACCGAAGCACAGAUCGUUUUCGUCGCACCCACUAAACCACUAGUCGCACAGCAGAUAGACGCCUGUUUUCAUAUUUGCGGUAUACCUCGCUCGGCCACAACCAUGCUCAUCGGCGGUGUGGCACCAGCGCUCCGCGCUGAAGAAUGGGCGAGCAAGAGAGUGUUCUUUAUGACCCCUCAGACGCUGGUCAACGAUCUGAAGCAUGGCUACGCCGAUCCUAAAAAGAUCGUACUACUCGUUGUCGACGAGGCGCAUCGUGCGACUGGAGGAUACGCAUACGUAGAGGCUGUAAGCUUCCUACGUCGUUUCAACGACAGUUUCCGUGUUCUUGCUCUCACGGCGACUCCAGGUGCCGACAUCGACGCUGUCCAGAAAGUCAUCGACGGGUUGGAUAUCUCUCGCGUGGAGAUCCGGACUGAGAGAUCGUUGGACAUUGUCAAAUAUAUACACGGUCGGAGGGUCGAGAAAAAGGUUUUCAAGACCAGCGACGAGAUGCAAAUGUGCAUGGAUCUGUACUCGCAGGCGCUUCAGCCUACAGUCAACAAGGUGGCUGGCUUGAACGCAUUCUACUCAAAAGAUCCUCUAGACAUCACUCCAUACGGAGUGACGCUCGCUCGCAAGAGAUGGGCGCAAGAUGCUGGUCAGCGUGCUACUCCAGCGCAAAAGGGCAUGGUCAACAGCGUUUUUACGAUCCUUGGUUCCAUUUCGCAAGGGAUGGAGCUGCUCAAAUUCCACGGUAUCGGGCCGUUUUACGUGAAGAUGAAGGAAUUCAGGGAUUCUCAAUCGCAGGGCAAAUCGAAGACGAAGGAGAGCAUCUGCAACAGCGACGCAUUCAAGAAGCUUAUGACAAGGCUUCAAACGUGGACCGGCGACGAGCAUUUUGUCGGCCACCCAAAGAUGGAGUUCCUUCAACAGGCCAUCCUAGAUCACUUCGUCAAUGCCGGAGAUGGGUCGGGCACGGAUACCGCAGCUACGCAAACCCGCAUUAUGGUUUUUGCACACUUUAGAGAUAGCGCUGAGGAGAUUGUGCGUGUCCUCCGAAGGCACCAACCAAUGAUACGCCCGCGUGUCUUUGUUGGCCAAUCUUCUGGCAAGAAUUCUGAGGGCAUGAAUCAGAAAGAGCAGCUUGCCGUUAUUGAGAAGUUCAAGGAAGGCACUUUCAACACCCUUGUCGCUACAUCAAUUGGAGAAGAAGGUCUGGAUAUUGGUGAUCUUGACCUCAUCAUUUUGUACGAUUCGAAAGCCUCUCCCAUCCGAAUGUUGCAAAGAAUGGGUCGUACUGGACGCAAGCGCGAAGGCAAAGUCAUCUUCCUGCAGAUGGAAGGCAAGGAAGAGAACGACGCAAACAAGGCCAAAGACAGUUACGAAACGAUGCAAGAGUUGAUAGCCGAAGGCUCCAGAUUCAAUUUUCACGAUGAGAUCUCCCGCAGGAUACUGCCUCGAGAUGUCCAGCCGGUCGUGGAAAGACGAGCUGUUGAGAUCCCGAUGGAGAAUUCUCAGUCAGACUGGCUCCCUGAGCCGAAAAAGAAACGGGGGAAGCCUUUGAAGAAGCCUCCAAAAAAGUUCAAUAUGCCUGACGGUGUUAUUACCGGUUUCGUCACCGCUAAUCACAUGGGUGAAGAGAUUGCACCCAAAAGCCGAACCACAAAGGCCGCGCCAGUGUACCCGAGUGAGGAAGUGUUGGAAUUGCCGUCCUUGGAAAGUGUACUCCUAGAUGAACCGGCGUCCCAAGACCUCCAGCAACGCUACAUCAACAUUUUCGACGAAGACGAUGAGUUCAUAAGCGCGUUGAAUUUGCGAGCGUAUCCAGAGCACCAACGAGUGUUAUCCAAAACACAUGGUUUCCCCCGCCAUGGUCGGGCAACUCAAUCUUUUGUGAGAACUAUGCAGAGAAUACACGCCAUGGACGAUGAACGAUUGGAUGACUUCAGGAGCAGGCUGCACUUAGAGGAUAUGGAGGAUACUCCUCCAAAUAUCAUUGUGUCAGACACGGCCACAGCUCCUAUUAUCACGGACGAUAUGUGGGCAGACGAUGAUCCGGCUUCGCAACCAUUGCAAAAGGCCAAAGCUAAACCUAGACCUAAGCCAAAAGCGAGAGCGGACGCCGCGCCAGCUGCUCCGGACGAUUUCUGGGCAGACGAAGAUCCACUUUCGCAGCCGUUGUCAAAAGCAAAAGCUAAACCGGGACCGAAGGCAAAGGCAAAGGCUGAUCCUAAGCCCAAAGCUACAAUAACGCCCAAACAGGCAGCUCCUCGGGGCCGUCCACGCAAGGAUCCGUCCGCAACAACUACAUCUGCCAGGGCGCGGAAGACGAACACACCUACGUUUAGGGCACCCACAUGGCGAGAUUCUGGACUCGCAGAGGAGGGCGAAGAGUCCUCUCCACCACCUACCGAUCCGCGUAUGAGGAUAGCAUCCCAGGCGGAGACCAUAGGGUCAGAAGACUCGGCAGGGGCGUUCGACCCCCAGGACACUCAAGCUUACCGAUUAGACUCUGAUCUAGUGAGUUUCAUAGCUGACGAUGACGAAAACAUGGAAUUGGCCCCAACCUCGAGUCUUCCCGGCCGUAGUUUCAACGGCCUUGGUAAAGGUACGCAGGCGAUAUUGAAAGCGGCACAGCCGAAGCGAGCGAAGAAGGUGGAGAAGAUCUUCACCAGCGAUAUCAGUGAUGACGAUGCAGUCGUGAGUAGCGAUAGCGGUGACGACUUUCCCGGUGAUGACUUUCCACGCCGUACGAGCAAGGCAACGACGUCAGACGCGAGGGCCUUUGUUGUCGAUUCAGCUUCUGAGGUUGAGGACGAUGAUGAGCCAGUCGUACCCAGGAAGAGAGCUCGGCGAGUCAUAGAGGACGACGACGAUGAGUGA